GUGCUUGAAUAUAUACCUAACACAUUUGGUUUUUGAUUCAAUCUCUAUUAAUUAAUAGUCAAAUUCAAUAGAGUAAUUCCCUAAUCUUUGCAAACGGUCUUAUAUUUCUGUAAUUCAUGGCUCCGAUUAAUAUACAGGGGAACGAUUUUUGGAUGAUAGCAUGCACUGUAAUAAUAGUAUUUGCAUUGGUGAAGUUCAUGUUUUCCAAAAUAUCUUUUUAUCAAUCUGCAAAUACAACGGAAUGGCCAGCAGGUCCAAAAACACUACCCAUAAUUGGAAAUCUUCAUCAGUUGGGAGGAGGUGUGCCCUUACAGGUUGCCUUGGCAAACUUAGCCAAAGUUUAUGGAGGUGCAUUUACAGUUUGGAUUGGAAGCUGGGUUCCAAUGAUCAUCAUAAGCGAUAUCGAUAACGCUCGGGAAGUUCUUGUUAAUAAAUCUGCCGAUUAUUCCGCUAGAGAUGUACCUGAUAUUCUUAAAAUCAUCACAGCAAAUGGGAAGAAUAUUGCUGAUUGUGAUUCUGGUCCAUUUUGGCAUAAUUUAAAGAAAGGUCUUCAAAGUUGUAUAAAUCCAUCAAAUGUUAUGUCUCUAUCUCGUCUACAAGAAAAAGACAUGCAAAAUCUCAUCAAAUCCAUGCAAGAAAGAGCGUCACAGCAGAAUGGAAUUGUAAAACCUCUUGAUCAUGCCAAAGAAGCGUCUAUGCGAUUACUGAGUAGAGUUAUAUUUGGUCAAGACUUUUCAAAUGAGGAUCUCGUUAUUGGUGUGAAAGACGCCCUCGAUGAGAUGGUACGCAUAAGUGGGUUGGCAAGUUUAGCUGAUGCUUUUAAAAUUGCUAAAUAUUUACCAAGCCAGAGAAAAAAUAUUCGGGAUAUGUACGCCACAAGAGACAGAGUAUAUAAUUUGAUUCAACCACAUAUCGUCUCUAAUCUUCCUGCAAAUUCUUUCUUACAUUUUCUUACAUCUCAAGAUUACAGUGAUGAAAUUAUUUACUCAAUGGUACUUGAAAUUUUUGGUCUGGGAGUAGAUAGUACUGCAGCAACGGCAGUUUGGGCACUCUCCUUUUUAGUCUGCGAGCAGGAAAUUCAAGAAAAACUUUACCGCGAAAUCAACAACCUGACCGGUGGGCAAAGACCAGUGAAAGUUGUAGAUUUGAAAGAGCUGCCAUAUCUACAAGCCGUGAUGAAAGAAACAUUGAGGAUGAAACCCAUCGCACCACUAGCGGUCCCUCAUGUAGCAGCAAAAGAUACUACACUCAAGGGGCGGAGAAUCGUUAAGGGUACAAAAGUAAUGGUGAAUCUGUACGCUAUCCAUCACGACCCUAACGUUUUCCCUGCACCGUAUAAAUUCAUGCCAGAGAGAUUCUUAAAGGAUGUUAAUAGUGAUGGACGUUUUGGUGAUAUCAACACAAUGGAAAGUUCGUUGAUACCAUUUGGUGCUGGUAUGAGAAUUUGUGGAGGUGUAGAAUUAGCCAAGCAGAUGGUAGCUUUUGCUCUUGCAAGUAUGGUCAACGAAUUCAAAUGGGAUUGUGUUUCUGAGGGGAAAUUUCCUGAUCUUAGUGAAGCUAUUAGCUUCAUUCUCUACAUGAAAAACCCACUUGAAGCCAAAAUUACUCCUCGUACAAAACCUUUCGACAGUAGAUAAAAUCUUAUUUUUAUCAAACUGCAAGUGUAUGUUUAUGUAAAAUCAAGGGUGAAGAUGCUUGAUCUUAGUGCACCAAAAUGGUGGUGGCUAUGUAGGAGUUAGAUUAGCUCUUGAUUUAGUAAUGUUUUUCUUUAUGUAGGAGUUAAAUGUUUUUCUUUGCAACUUCUGAAGUGUGUGUUUCAAGUGUGUAUUGUGUGUGUUUCAAGCGUGUGUGUAAUUACUGCCACCUGACAAUUAAAGUGUACGUUAGUCGCCGGCUGCAUCUGUCACAUCAUUCUUGCGUUUUUAAAUAUCGUAGUGAAAUGUUAUUUGGUUGCAACUGUGCAUAUC